AUGUGUCUUCUCUUUGAAAGACCGGACAUUGAGAACGACAGAGACACCAGAGAUCCAUCACGUGCCAAGUACGCGUCGCGCCUCGACUACGCGCCUGGUCACCCGUGGACCACCCGAGAGACACAUCUGGACUCUACUUCGUCUGUCGAGAACUACAUCUCUGACCUCCAGGAGAAAAUCAUUUCGGCUUUCGAGAAGCUCGAACCCAACUCGCCCUCGUUCAAGUGUGAUGCCUGGACGCGUCAGCAGGGCGAUCGCGGUCUCUCCUGCGUCUUCGCCGUCCACCCCUCCACGUCCGAGGCGGCGGCGGCGGCGGCGGCGCUGAACAUCGUGCUCGAGAAGGCAGGCGUCAACAUCUCUAUUGUCCACGGCACUCUACCCCCGGCUGCCGUCAAGCAGAUGCGCGCCGAUCACGGCUCCAUGGCGAGCCUCGAGGGCAGUCUCCCGUUCUUCGCGGCAGGCAUCAGCCUUAUCAUCCACCCGAGGAAUCCACACGCGCCCACCGUGCAUUUCAACUACCGCUACUUCGAAGUGACUGAGCCCGCUGCUCAAGGUGAGGAGGCCACGGCAAGGGAUGCAUGCACACCACAUGGCUCCGCGAUCUGCCCAACCUCCAAGAAAUGGUGCGAUGAGUAUUUAUUCAUUCCCCAUCGCGACGAGGCUCGCGGCAUCGGGGGGAUCUUCUUCGACGAUCUCUGCGACGAGCAGCACAAGCGAUUCGGCGAUCUGGACGCGCCGCGCCCCCGCACCUCGGACGCGAUCUUUACUCUGCUGCGCAGCCUCGGCGAUGCAUUCCUGCUUCGCCCUGGACGAUAUGUCGAGUUCAAUCUGGUAUACGACCGAGGGACGCGUUUCGGGAUGCUGACCCCGGGCGCGCGGGUCGAGAGCGUGCUGAUAAGCCUGCCGGAAACAGCGCGGUGGGAGUACAUGAGCGAUCUUGGCGGCGAUGGUGAAGGGAACAAAGAAGGGAAGAUUAUCGAGAUGCUCCGGAAGCCGCGGGAUUGA